AUGAUCCAGGCCGUAUCCUCGUAUUCUGCUGGUCUGAAGGGCACCUUUGAUCAUAUGGAUGUCAAUAAGAAGUUGCUAGAUGCAGCCAUACGGCAAAAGGAGUUAGCAGAAAUGGAGAACCUUCGCCUUCAAUUGCAACAAGAGCAGGAGCGAUCCCUAGGACUAGAAAAACGGCUAGCCGAGACCCAAGCCGAGAUGUCUAGUAUAGAUGCCGAUGCAGCUUCUGAAUAUCGUUUGUUAAAGAGAAAAUUGGAUAUUGAGCUGAGCCAUGUUGACAAUCUCCGCCAAAUAAUUGUGAAUAAGGACGAUAAUAUAGAUCGAAAAGAUGCCGAGCUCGAGCAACUUCGAGAUGAGCUAAUUCGAUAUCAAAGAUUUGAGUAUGUGUCGGAAGAGAUGAACAAUCUUCGGGUGAAUUUGUCUCGGGCCCAAGGGAUUGUUGCCGAUAAAACGUUGUUGGAUGACAACUUGGAAAGUCAGUGUGGUAGGUUGAGACUUCAGAUUAGGGAUUUUCAUGUUGAUCGCAAACGGAUACUGAAAGAGAAAGAUACUGCUGAAAGGUCUAUCCAAGAAUUAAGGGAGAGACUUCGACAAUUUGAUGAGGUAUCCCGAAAUUUGGAGUGGGUUCAGGCUCAGUUGUCGGGCCUGCAGUUGGCUCAUGAUCAGCAGAAGGAUGGCUGGAGCGACCACAAAAAACAUUUCCCCACCAAUGAGUUCAACAAACAGCACUAUAACGAGUUAACUGCUAAGAUCUCGGCCCUCGAGUGUAGCUUACUUAAGUCCGAGGAAACCGUUAAAGUACUUUUUCCCUUUCUUGAAGUUGAGCAAGGAAAAGUGAAGCCUUUGGAGGAAGAGACUGUUCGACUGAAGGUGAGGGAGACCCAACUACUCGGGCAGGUAGCUACCGCUGAGGCGGCAUCGACUCAACUGACUCAGGAUCUUGCUACCGAGAAGGAGAGGUUCAAUACUGAGCUUGUCUCCAAGGUGAAAGAAGGUGUGAAGGCGGUCAUGGAAAAGAAACGGGCCGAUGCUGCUGCUAAGAAGGUUGGUUCCCCCAAAGCCAUAGUUUCUUCUAAAUCAUCGAGCUUAGCCAGAAUAAGGUCUGCUGAAAUGUUCCUUCUCCAAGCCUUGGUCCUUGUAGUAGGUAUCAUUACCUCAGUUGGAAGGAUGGCUUCAGUCCCAUAUAUUAGCAUAAAAGGUGAUAAGCCUGUCGCGUCCCUGCGGGUGGUCCUAUAUGCCCACAGAACAUUGUAG